CCGCCUGGUUUUCCACUAAUCAAACCACACUGGGGCUUUGGGUGCCUCACCGCAGAGGACUUUGCUUAGUGAAGAGUCGGCAUCUCUCUCUGGCCCCUCAGUACCUAGUGUGUAAAAGAAAGCUGGAGAGUAAAAAGGAAGCCCUGCUGAUCCUCUCCAAGGAGCUGGACACAUGCCAGCAAGAAAGGGACCAGUACAAACUCAUGGCCAAUCAGCUUCGAGAGCGCCACCAGUCCCUGAAGAAGAAGUACCGGGAGCUGAUAGAUGGAGAUCCGUCACUUCCCCCUGAAAAGAGGAAACAGGCUAAUCUUGCACAACUACUGAGAGAUUCUCAGGACCGAAAUAAACAUCUGGGAGAAGAAAUUAAAGAACUUCAGCAAAGGCUUGCAGAAGUCCAGGGCGACAAUAAGCUCUUGAGGAUGACAAUUGCCAAGCAGAGGCUCGGAGACGAAGAAAUUGGCGUGCGGCACUUUGCAGCUCAUGAGCGUGAAGACUUGGUUCAGCAGCUGGAGAGAGCUAAGGAACAGAUUGAGUCUCUGGAGCAUGACCUGCAGGCCUCGGUGGAUGAACUUCAGGACGUUAAAGAAGAACGGUCUUCCUACCAGGACAAAGUGGAGAGGCUCAACCAGGAGCUAAACCAUAUCCUGGGUGGGCACGAGAACCGCAUCAUUGACGUGGACGCCCUCUGUAUGGAGAACAGGUACCUUCAAGAGCGAUUAAAGCAACUCCACGAAGAGGUCAACCUCUUGAAAUCAAACAUCGCCAAGUACAAGAAUGCUCUCGAGAGACGGAAAAACUCAAAAGGCCAGAGUAAAUCUAGCAGCAGUGCGCUGACUGGAGUCCUGUCUGCAAAGCAAGUUCAGGAUCUGUUAUCUGAAGAUCACGGGUGCAGUCUCCCAGCUACUCCACAGUCCAUUUCUGAUCUGAAAUCUCUGGCAACGGCCCUGCUGGAGACAAUCCACGAGAAAAACAUGGUCAUCCAGCACCAGAGGCAGACCAACAAAAUCCUAGGGAAUCGGGUGGCUGAACUGGAGAAAAAAUUAAGAACUCUGGAAGUUUCUGGUUUGUGGAGUCUUCCAGGGGGCAAGGACACCAUACUGUUCAGUGACCCUGCUCUUCCCACCAUACAGAGAUCAAGAUCCCCACUGCUGAAGUUCAUCGAGCAGCCCACUGAGAACAAAGCAAAUUCCGAGGACGGGGAGGUCCAGAAGCCAGAACGAGGUGGAAGCCGGGCGGCCACCGAGGCGUUGACAGGCCCGGAGGACGCUAGAGGGCCCGCCGUCCGCUCCGCGGCAAAUCAGAACCACGGGAACCAGCGCAAACCCUCACCGCGGGUAGCGUCUGAGGAGGCAGGAACGGACAGGCUUGGAGGGGAAAGAAUGAGACUGACAGAGGCUGAACCAGAACAGGUCCAGAGAGCGAGUCCUGGGGAGGCUCGGAGGCAUGAGCUGGGGACAGCUCCGCCGGGCCUGGCCUCCAAGGGGGAGGCCCCCAAAUCUUGCCCGGGCUCCUUUGAGUCCAGCCAGUUGGCAGCCGAAGCCUCCACCCUGGAGGACGGCAAGGAGACCCCAGAGGGUGGCGGCACGGGGAGCGCCGUGAAAACCUGAAGGGGAAAGGGAUCCGCACGGUGACAUGUCUAAGGCGCAGGGGACGGUAACGACUUAAGCAUCAGAACAGCGCUGGGAAGCUCCUUUCUCCUAACAUACUUCCAGAUCUGCAAGUGAGAAGAGACCCAGGUCCUGUGGCAAACUGUGAAUAUUCUGAUGAUGCCAGCACAGUUUGAUUUAUUAAAUGCGGGUCCUCAAGCUUCCCCGUGUCAUCUCUUUCUGCCGGAGACACGCUACUGCGAACACGGCCGGGCACAGAAUCGUGUCUGCCAUAUGGCUGGUUUUCGGCAUCCGUCUUUCUGUCAGCGUUGGUUUUAUUAGAGAUAAGAUGUUUUUCUAUUAGCAUUUAAUGUUGUUGAUCAAAGUUAUGGGAACAGCUUGAGACGGAUGGGGUUUUUAAUCAGGUCCCCGUCUUUGUAAUGGCUAGGUGGCUGGAGAGAAAGGUGUAAUUGAGCAUAAUGGGUCCAGAGGGCUCGUGGCGCCGCUCCAUCGUGUCAGGGCCCGGGAGGACCUCCCAGCGUGGGUGUUCUUGGCACCCUGCCCGCGGCACUGUCUGUCAUGCCACCGACUGGCAGGUGGAGAGGGGCUUAAGCGGGCUCAGAAGGUGGGGCUUCUGGUUUGAAAUCCCCAGCCCCUGUGGAGACCCGUUUGCUGACUGCUAGAGCUGAGCUUUCCAGCCUGUAAUUCUGAAGGAUUAAUUGACCCGGAGUGAUGGGAGGGAGAAGAGGGGGGAAGGGGACUCCAGCAGUAUUUUGGUUUUUCGUUUCUGAGAUAAGAGCCAGAGCCUGGGAAUGCUGGUUUUCUGCCUUCCACCCGUGCUGCCUGUAGGGUGU